UGACCUAUGCCCACAGUAUUUCACUUCCCUGAAUCGAUUGCAGGGGUUUAUCUUCCCCUUCAGAGGGAGGAGACCUGGGAACUCAUUCCACAUACAGCUCCUUCCAUAUCCCCACCGGAUCGGUAUCGUAUCCCCAUGGGCCGGUGCUGGGGGUGACCACGUGCCUUUCAGGUGCUCACGGGACGCCAGCGACCACCGUGCGCUGAGACCAGCACAAAGACAUGAGUGGCAACGCGAGCCAGCGCGCCGCCGCCCUGGGGGUCCUCUUUGCCCUGAUUAUGUUGCUGAUCAUCUACAGCUCUAGCAACGGGAGCGAGGUCUUCCCCUACAGCCGCCUGCGGGGCAGAGCCCGCCGGCCCCCCGACCUCAAGAAGUGGGGGGUGAAAAGCGGGUACCUGCCUGUCUGUGGGAACAAGACCCUGACUGCCCACUGCCACCAGUGCGUCAUUGUCACCAGCUCCAGCCACCUCCUGGGCACCCACCUGGGCACAGCCAUCGACGGGGCCGAGUGCACCAUCCGCAUGAACGACGCUCCCACCACGGGCUAUGAGGCUGACGUGGGCAACAAGACCAGCUUCCGCGUGGUGGCCCACUCCAGCCUCUACCGUGUCCUCAAGCGGCCCCAGGAGUUUGUCAACAAGACACCGGAGAACAUCUUCAUCUUCUGGGGGCCGCCUGUCAAGAUGCAGAAGAGCCUCCUGAAGAUCAUCCAGCGCGUCUGUGCCUCCUUCCCCAACAUGACGGCCUAUGUCGUGUCCCCCAGCCGCAUGAAGCAGUUUGAUGACCUGUUUCGGGGGGAGACAGGAAAGGACAGGGAGAAGUCGCGCUCGUGGCUCAGCACCGGCUGGUUCACCAUGGUGAUCGCGGUGGAGCUGUGCGACGCCGUCCACGUCUACGGCAUGGUGCCACCCAGCUACUGCGGGUAA